AUGCAGUUCGUAUCUCAUGUACUCUCUGACGUACCGGAAAAGAGAUAUUCACCCAGGCGCAAUGAUUUACCCGCGUUCUGGGAAGACGACCUGAUAAAGAUAUUUGCAAUGGGUUGGUCGUUCUGCAGACAUCGCAUUGAGAUAUUUGACGCGAUCAUCAUCGCCUCAUCAUUCGCCAUUGACCUCAUCUUUCUUGGGGGAGUUGCUGGCGAGGAAGGCCAAAAAGCGGCAGCAGUCCUGGUCAUCUUGCUGUUGUGGAGGAUCGCCAGAGUUGUUGAUGGUAUCGUAGUCACGAUGAAGCAACGCCAGGAGUUCAGGAUCAGACUUCAGAAAAGAGCCAGGAGGACAGCUGAAAGGAAGCUAGAAUCAUACGAAAGCGAAAAGCAGUCUAAGAAUGGAAAUCACGAUUUCAUCACUGUACACUGCAUCAGAUGCUUUCAUGCUGUCGCUAAGUAUGACGUCAAGGUGACGUCAUUAAAGUUGCAAAAGCAGAUAGACGCCUUGAAAGAGUUGUGUGCUAAGGCAGGCAUACCUGAUUCAGAUAUUCUAGCCUGCACGCCGAAACAUCCGUGUCACGUGACAACAACAUUGGACGCGUUGUCAUCGGUGGCCAAGUUAUCGGUGAGCAUGACGAUGUUGAUGUCGUCAUCGAGUGGGGGACUCAGCGUGGGGAACGCCUGCCCCCACCACCACCGCAGCAGCAGUCGGAUGCCCUUGACACACGACGAAACUUCAUUCACUCUACUGGAGAACCAGCUUUUGGAUUAUCCACAGAACCAGCAGUGUCCUCAACAAAAGUGCAACACGCUGCAACCUAUUCAGCAACCGUUGCUGCUACCCUUACAACAACAGCAGCAGCAGCAGCAACCACAACCACAACAAAAUGCGCGAGAACGUGAAGCGUCGCAUAAACUACCGUCCAACGAAAGCAGUCAAUAUAUUGACUCCUUCUCCUCCUCCUACCCCUCCUUAGCACCUCCUGCAUCUAAAAGACAUUCUCUCUUCAAGUGUAAAAAGAAAAAUGAUAACAAAAAUAACAACAGCGACAAAAGUAACAACGGCAAAACAUCCGCAACGACGAACAACAACAGCAAGAAAAAGAGCAAAUUGAAAGAAAGCGGCACAUUCAACAACCUCUUCCUACGCAAGCAAAAACGACCAACGUUUGAAACAAUCGCCGAAAAAAAUUUUUUCGUCUCGUUUGAAAAUAAAAAUGGGAGCGACAUUGACGAAAAUGAUGAGGACGACGAUGAUGACGAUGACGCUGAUGACUGCUACCCAAAAUUCAAACGAAGAACUAAUAUUUCGAUUGAAGAAAUCGAAGAUGAUGAUGAUGAUGAUGAUGACGGGCAAGUUAUUGAUGUUGCCGCCGCUGCUGAUGAUGAUGUUGAAGCAGAUAUUCAUUGUGAACAUGAUGUUGAUUUUAAUAACAGAAACAAUUUUAACAAGUUGGAAAGCGUUAACUUGACAUGUAAUGAAGAAAAAUUUCGAACAAAUAAUUUCAGAAAUAAAAAAAUAUUCAGUAGUUCUAACAAUGCCAACAACAACCACAUUGUUGUUGAUGUUGUUGUACACCAUCCGCAACAUCCACAUCAACAUCCACAACAACAAAAUAUACAAUUACCGGUGCCACAACUUAACGCCAACCAGCAACAAAAUGCAAAACUUCAACGUCAACAGAAAUUAGAAGCUGAGCAAAGUGGCGAAAAAGAUUCAGUUAAAAACGAACAAAAAGAGCAACAACUGCAGCAACAACAACAGCAACAACAACAACAACAACUAUGCAACAUCAGUUCACAUGAAGUUCAGCAAGAAAGCAAUAACAUAGCUGCAUAUGAUCAAGUAGAUUCUAUGCUUAAUUUAGGAUUUGAUAUUGGCAACCCACUGGAUGAUUUCAACGAGUUGAUAAACAUUGCAGACAAAAACGCUAACAAUAAUCAUACCAACGCUAAUAAUACCAACAACAACGCCAACAUUUCGACAACACUCGCCAACCAACAUUUCCCAACAGAAGCAAUAAGCAACAUCAACAACAAUAACAGCAACAACAUCAGCAACAUCAGCAACGUCCACAUCAAAUUUGACAUCAAUUCGUACCUCGCUAGCAGUACACACAACAGCAAUAUCAGCAGUAACAUCUCACAGUACAUUCGCAACAACUGCAUCGCUGUCAACUGGAGCAACAGCAUUAUCAACAACAACAACAACAACAACAUUAACAAAGCCAACAAUAACAACAACACCAAUCGCAUUAACAACAAAGCCAAUAACAUCAGCAACAACAUCACUCUCAUCAACAACAAAGCCAACAACAUCAACAACAGCGUUAAUCUCAUCUGCGAAGCCGAUGACGACCGCCACAACUCACGAUAA